AUGGUCCCGCCAGAGUCGUUCAGAGAAAUCAGUGAUUGGGCUAGGACACCCGCUCCAAACCUACUGUGGCUUGAAGGUCCUCCUGUCGAAGGCGACGACUUCGAAAACCCAGUCACAAUGAUGGCAGCUACGGUCAUAGCCCUUGCCGAGAAAACGAAGCUGCCGGUCAUCUCAUACUUCUGCGAGCUCCGGCGAGGCGAGAAGCUUAGGGAUGGAAAUGACACAAUGGAAGCACAAGCGAUGCUAUCUCUUGUUUAUGCACUCAUUAGGCAGCUGAUCGAGCUCCUUCUUCCGUCGCUAGAGACUAGCAUUGACAUUUCAGAGGGACGAUUCAAGGCUCUUAACGGGUCUCUGGGAACUUGGAGCCAGGCUACCGCACUUCUGACUGAUCUCGGCGGGCUUAUGCCCGGUCCGGUGCUUUGCAUCAUUGAUGGUUUUCAUUGGCUCACCGAUCGAGGGACCGACAACUACCUUUCCGAUCUCCUGAAGAUCUUGCGUGGAGACAAAUGGAAGGUCCUUCUGUUUACCACGGGUAGGUCGGUCGUUUUGCAGGAUGAGCUCUCGAGGUCAGAGAUCUCGACCAUCGAUGUUCAUUCAUUCGGACGUGGGGUGGCAUUGGACCGACAAGACUUUGAUGAAUAA